GUUUGUGCUCACAGUGGGGGAGCCUGGCCUGAGACCUGGGGAGUCCCUGCUGCUGGGAGGAGCCACCGGAGACCAGGAGGAGCACAGCACGCUUUGGAAGAAAUGAGAGAAGGCUGCUCUCUUUGAGGAAGGCUCUAGGGCAGGAACAGUGCUGCCUUUUUUUAAACAGAUAGGGCAUUGUGAUCUAGAUUUGCUUACUACCCCAUGGGAGAGAGUCUUCUGUGAAGGCUCCUGCCUCCCUGGGAGGGUCUGAGAGGCGUCUGAAGGUGCUGCUCUGUGCCCUGAGCACCUGGAAUGGAGCUCAGCCGGCGGGGUCGGGGGUCCUGGCACCCCUCCGGGGCCUCAUUUCUCGGAGAGGCCGCUUGGGCGGAGUAAGGUCGAGUGGGUGUGGGGAAGCUGAGAGAGAGCAGAAGGCUGUGGCCAGCAGGGGUGUGGCUGUAUGCGUGGGGCCUUCACUGGGAGAGGAGAUAGGCCUGGGCCUGGCAGGGCAGGCUCCCAGCUGCUCGCUGGUUCUGUGACCUUGGGCAAGUCCUUCACUUCUCCGUGCCUCAGUUUCUUUAUCUGUAAGAUGGGCUGAACGGUAAUAGCUUUCACAUAGGGCCUAUGGAGGAUGAAGUGAGCUAAUCCAUCCCAAAGCACUUAGAAUGGUGCUCAGUGCCCUUGGUAAAUGUUGGCUUUUAUCCCCCUCAUUAUCAUCAUGGACACCAGGGGUCCCCAGAGGCCCAGAACAAUCCACGGGUGUAGGGAGGAGGUGCUGGAACUUUCCUUGUUUUAUUUUUGUCUCCUUUUUUAUUUUGGAUUGCUUCCUAGUGCUCUCAUUGGGACAGGAUAGACCUCAUGUGUUACGUAUGUAAUUUAAGCCAGCAUAUGUGUAUUUAAUGAUUAUUUUUAUCAUUUAUUAUUUAAAGGCAAAACCUAUGAUUAAUUUUUUUGACUGAUGGGACUUCUGAUUUAAAAGUGCGGAGGCCAGGGAUCUAAAGGGAGGCUUCUCUGACAGUCCCUGGAAGGAACCAGAUGCUGCACGUGCCCCUGAGGCAGCACCAGGUGAGCUGCUGUGACUGGCUGCUGAAGGUCAUCUGCGGGGUGGUGUCCAUCCGUACCGUCUACGCCUCACACAAGCAGGCCAAGGCCUGCCUCAUUUCCCGCAUCAGCUGCGAGCGCGCCGGCGCUCGCUUCCACACCCGCGGCGUGAACGACGACGGCCACGUGUCCAACUUCGUGGAGACAGAGCAGACGAUUUACAUGGAUGAUGGAGUGUCGUCUUUUGUCCAGAUCAGGGGCUCCGUUCCGCUGUUUUGGGAGCAGCCAGGGCUUCAGGUUGGCUCUCAUCAUCUGAGACUCAAUAGAGGCCUAGAAGCCAAUGCCCCUGCUUUCGACAGGCAUAUGGUGCUUCUGAAGGAGCAGUAUGGGAAGCAAGUGGUCGUGAACCUGCUGGGGAGCAGAGGCGGAGAGGAGGUGCUCAACAGAGCCUUCAAGAAGUUGCUCUGGGCUUCUUGCCACGCCGGCGACACGCCUAUGAUAAACUUUGACUUCCAUCAACUUGCCAAAGGCGGGAAGCUAGAGAAGUUGGAGAACCUGUUGAGGCCCCAGUUGAAGCUCCACUGGGAUGACUUUGGUGUGUUUACCAAGGGCGAGAAUGUAAGUCCACGUUUUCAGAAAGGCACGCUGCGGAUGAACUGUCUCGAUUGCCUGGACCGAACCAACACCGUGCAGAGCUUUAUUGCACUCGAGGUUCUCCACCUGCAGCUCGAGAGCCUGGGGCUGAACUCCAAGCCCAUUGCUGACCGCUUCGUGGAGUCCUUCAAAGCCAUGUGGUCUCUGAAUGGGCACAGCCUGAGCAAGAUGUUCACGGGCAGCCGGGCCCUGGAAGGGAAGGCUAAGGUGGGGAAGCUGAAGGACGGGGCCCGGUCCGUGUCUCGCACUAUCCAGUCCAACUUCUUUGACGGGGUGAAGCAGGAGGCCAUCAAGCUGCUGCUCGUGGGGGAUGUCUACACCGAGGAGUCUGCAGACAGAGGAAGGGUACUCCUGGACAACACGGCCCUGCUGGUGACCCCCAGGAUCCUGAGAGCCAUGGCAGAGCGCCAGUCGGAAUUCACACAUUUCAGACGGAUCCGAAUCGCCAUGGGGACCUGGAACGUGAACGGAGGAAAGCAGUUCAGGAGCAACCUCCUCGGGACGGCAGAGCUGGCCGACUGGCUGCUGGACUCCCCCAAGCUCUCGGGCCUGGCAGGGUCCCCGGAUGAUGACAGCCCAGCUGACAUAUUUGCCGUGGGGUUUGAAGAGAUGGUGGAACUGAGCGCAGGGAAUAUCGUCAAUGCCAGUACCACCAACAGGAAGAUGUGGGGUGAGCAGCUCCAGAAAGCCAUCUCACGCUCUCAUAGGUACAUUCUCUUGACUUCGGCACAGCUGGUGGGCGUCUGUCUGUAUAUCUUUGUACGUCCAUACCAUGUCCCAUUCAUCAGAGACGUGGCGAUUGACACGGUGAAGACCGGCAUGGGAGGAAAGGCGGGGAACAAGGGUGCCGUGGGCAUCCGCUUCCAGUUCCACAGCACCAGCCUCUGCUUCGUGUGCAGCCACCUGACGGCCGGGCAGGCCCAGGUGAAGGAGAGGAACGACGACUACAGGGAGAUCACCCAGAAGCUCAGUUUCCCGAUGGGAAGAAACAUCUUCUCUCACGAUUACGUGUUUUGGUGCGGCGAUUUCAACUACCGCAUCGAUCUCACUUACGAAGAAGUCUUCUAUUUCGUCAAACGCCAAGACUGGAAGAAACUUCUGGAAUUUGAUCAGCUCCAGCUGCAGAAAUCAAGUGGAAAAAUUUUUAAAGACUUUCAUGAAGGCACCAUUAAUUUUGGACCUACUUACAAGUAUGACGUUGGCUCGGCCGCCUACGACACAAGUGACAAAUGCCGCACCCCUGCCUGGACAGAUAGGGUCCUGUGGUGGAGGAAGAGGCACCCUUUUGACAGAACAGCCGGAGAUCUCAACCUGCUAGACAACGACAUAGACGCGGACAGCACGGUCAGACAUUCCUGGUCUCCUGGAGCCCUCAAGUAUUACGGCCGAGCGGAACUGCAAGCAUCCGAUCACAGACCCGUGCUGGCGAUCGUGGAGGUGGAAGUGCAAGAAGUCGAUGUGGGUGCUCGGGAGAGGGUGUUCCAGGAAGUGUCCUCUUUCCAGGGCCCCCUGGAUGCUACCGUCAUAGUCAACCUUCAGUCACCAACCGUAGAAGAGAAAAACGAGUUUCCUGAGGAUGUGCGCACAGAACUCAUGCAGACAUUGGGCAAUUAUGGGACCAUUGUUCUUGUCCGGGUCAACCAAGGGCAGAUGCUGGUGACUUUUGCAGACAGUCACUCAGCUCUCAGCGUCCUGGACGUGGACGGUAUGAAGGUGAAGGGCAGAGCAGUGAAGAUCAGACCAAAGACCAAGGACUGGCUGAAGGGUUGGCAGGAGGAGAUCAUCCGAAAGCGGGAUAGCAUGGCCUCCGUGUCUCCAACCGCCAAUUCCUGUUUGCUGGAGGAGAACUUUGACUUCACCAGCUUGGACUAUGAGUCAGAGGGGGACAUUCUUGAAGAUGACGAAGACUACUUGGUGGAUGAGCUAAGUCAGUCUGUGGUCUCAGAUGGUGAGACGGCAGGGGACUACCUUUCCGAAGCCCCCAGCUGCACAGCAGCGGUGCCUGCCGACACGUCACCUGCACUCACUAAAAAGACGCGGCACCCGACCUACAAAGAUGAUGCUGACCUGGCGGAGCUCACGCAGGAGCUGGAAGCAGUCGGGGAUUUCCGCCACCGUUCUCCAAGCAGGUCUCUGUCGGUUCCCACUAGGCCUCGGCCACCUCACCCACCGCAGAGACCCCCCCCUCCAACUGGUUUAAUGGUGAAAAAGUCGGCUUCGGACGUGUCCAUCUCCUCUGGCACCCACGGGCAGUACUCGAUUUUGCAGACGGCAAAACUUCUGCCAGGAGCGCCCCAGCACGCACCCAAAGCCAGGACGGGGAUAAGUAAACCCUACAAUGUCAAGCAGAUCAAAACUACCAAUGCCCAGGAGGCAGAAGCAGCCAUCCGAUGUCUUCUGGAAGCGAGAGGGGGCAUCCCAGGAGAAGCCGUAAAUGCCACAGCCCUGAGGAACCAAGGGACUUCCAAACCAGAGCCCCCAGUAGCGGUGGCCCCGCUCCUUCCCCGUCGGCCUGCACCCAGGGUUCCUGCCAUCAAGAAGCCAACCUUGAGGAGGACCGGAAAGCCUGAGUCACCGGAAGAACAGUGUGGGCAACAGUCUGUCCAUUUCACAAUCGGGCCCCCAGAGACCAGCCUUGAAACCCCUCCUCUAGCAGCCGUCCCUCCUGUUCCCAAACCGAGAACACUUCAGCCCAGGAAGGGGACUGACAGGAAGGCAAGCGGGGGGAAGCCGGUGCCCAACGACGCCCCUCCUGCGGCCGGAGCCACCCCGCCACCCCCUCUGGAGGUGCUGCCCCCCGCGCCGCAGGCGCCCCCGAGGAGGAAGAAGUCUGCCCCCGCAGCCUUCCACCUGCAGGUGCUGCAGAACAACAGCCAGCUUCUCCAGAGCCUCACCCGUAGCAGCAGUGACUGUCCCCCCGCGCCCCGGCCUGACCAGGGCGUGCUCUUUCCACAACUGGCUCAUCCUGGCCCCUUGUCUGCUGCUGGUGCCCAAGCGGAUGGUACCAAGGAGACACAGCCAGAGGCGGCCUCCCUUCUUGGUGAUUACCAGGAUCCUUUCUGGAACCUUCUCCACGACACUCACCUGUUGAAGAAUGCCUGGCUUUCCAAGAACUCUGACCCACUGGACCCCGGGACUGGGAGCCUCGGAAGAGCACACACAGCCUCGCUGCAAAUCAGCGCCUCAGCGGCCGACACCCUGCCACCGGAGCGCGGGCCGAACGACUUGGGUCACUGGAUGACAAUCAGUGACAAGGACAAGAGGACCGUGCUGCAGGUGUUUGACCCGCUGGCAGAAACAUGAGCAGGAGGCAUGGACCACAGCUCUUUCCGAGAACGUGUGCCUUCUUCCCUCUGGCGUCUCUUUCCAGGGCACAGCCCCACACCUUGGCCUCACCCUCCCGGGUCAAAAGAGACCUCUAUUUAAAGGCACACUGAAAACACAGUUGUCCUUCUGUCACUCUUGUGUCUCUUAUUCAAUAAGAUAAUUAUUCAGCCACCAAGAUACGUUUUAUUCCAGACGUGUGCAUUUUAGUUUCCUAGAAUCUGGUUAGAUUCAGCGUGUAGACUUGAGGAAAGAGAAUCUAGCUGAUAACGUCCAAGAGUCUCUCUCUCUCUCAUUGGAUUUUAAAUGGUUUUUCAA